GUCGACCCUUCUCAUUCUCGCUAUAGUAAUAUUAUACUGAGUUAGCAUGGAAGCUGCUACGCUUGGGCUCCCACCAGGAGGUAUGAGGCGCGUGUUCGGACCAAGAGCUAUGAAAGCUACAAUGAUUUCCACUGGCUGCAUCAGUGCCUCCGAUGCGAAUUGUGUCCAACAUAUGCCGAUCAUUGAGCCGGGUCAGAAUUCCGCACCACUUAUGGCUAGGGAUGUGCUUGGGAGUAAUUGGGAGUUCAGAUACAACAGGAGGAUGACAGGCCCCUAUUAUAAGCAAACUAUUACUGGCAUGAGGCCCUUUUUUCAACACCACGGUUUGGUACCUGGGGAUCUGAUUACCAUAUACAGGAUGAGGGAUGAGGCUGUUAUUUACUAUAUACACUUCCAGAGACCUUAAUUUCCAAGAUGACGGUGUUGGAAACCUACUCGUCCUGGGUAAGGCAGAUGAGAACUAUAUUUGUACUACUCUGUUAGAUUUUAUUUAUUCCAAGCUUGCCGUGUAUCCUCAGAGAUAUGAGUAAUAUAUUGUGUGCAUUUUUCUUUUUUUGAACAUUUUUUCCUGCAAGUGAUCAGCCGCUUGUCCUGGGUCUUUUUCUGUUUUUUGCUCUGCAAUCCUAAUUGCAGAAUAGAAACGAAUAUAUCAU